AUGGACGCCCAGAAACAGCUUCAGGCCCUUUCGGACGAGUUCCAGCAGCUGCAGACCGAUCUCGAGGGUCUGGUCGAUGCUCGCCAAAAACUUGAGUCGCAGCAGCAAGAGAACCAGGGUGUGCAGAGCGAAUUCGCCCAACUGGACGAUGAAUCGAACAUCUACAAGCUCGUUGGACCUGUGCUACUGAAGCAGGACAAGGCUGAAGCUACCAUAGCCGUCAACGGUCGCUUGGAGUUCAUCGAGAAAGAAAUCAAGCGCAUUGAAGGAGAGAUCAAGGAUAAGGAGGAGAAGGGCGAGAAGAAACGCGCCGAGGUUCUUCAAAUCCAAGCCCAGGCCCAACAACAAGCUGCAACUGCUUCAGCUUAA